AAGCCGGGCAUGAGUUUCGACCUUGACGAAACGGAACUCGACCUGACUUACAAUGAGAGAUAUCGAAAUAUAAAGUUGCCAGAUGCGUACGAGAGGUUGCUGCUGGACGUCUUCUGCGGUCUGCAGAUCAAUUUUGUCCGCACGGAUGAGUUAGAACAUGCGUGGCGUGUUUUCACGCCGUUGCUUCAUCAGAUUGAAGAACAAAAAGUGAUUCCAUUCCCUUACGUCUUUGGCUCUCGCGGGCCGAAAGAAGCGGAUGACCUUAUGCGGAUGAAUGGCUUCAAAUUCAGCGGAACUUAUAAAUGGAAGGGGCAGGUGAAUGAUCAGGAACCACGAAACUGCGAAACGCCGGACUAUUCGUUAGAAGUUGUACAUGUAGACCAGGCUUGGAUGACAGUCGCUGAGGUAACCAGCAGAACUGGCUGUCGUGAAGCCGUGCGAUUUUCCAUGGCCUGUCUCACCAAUGGCAGCAUAUUCGCCCUCUCGAAAACUCGUCGCAUGAUGCCGCAUUAUCAGUAUCUAAUGGCUCUUCGACUUACCUCACCGCUCUUCGCAGCAUUUCACUCUGACGUCGAGACGAAGCUAAUCGGAAAAUUCUUCAGCUGA